AUGUGGGUGCUCUUGGUUCUCAUAGGUUUCUCAGCUGUUUCUGCUCACCAGCAGGAUCUUGCUUUUGAUGGGCAGAAGGUGUUUCAUGUGAUUCUGCAGAAUGAUGAGCAGGUGGAAAUCAUCAAUUCCCUUGCCAGCAACAUGCAGGUUGCCUUUUGGCAGCCACACUCUGUCACACUGGUAAGGCCAAAAAUGCAGGUUGAUUUCUGAGUUGAAGCUGACAAGUCUUUUGAGGUUGAAGAUCUUUUGAAAGAAAGUGGAGCAGAGUAUAGAUAAGUUUUUCUGACUGACAACCUGCAGGCUGCACUGGACGCCCAGUUUGACAGCAAAGCUCGUACCACCAGACACAGCUAUGAAAAGUACAACAGCUGGGAAAUGAUAGCUGCUUGGACUGCUGAUAUUGCUGCUCAGAACCCAAACCUCGUCUUCAGUGUAAUAGGGGAAACAUACGAAGAAUGGCCAAUGUACCUUCUCAAAAUGGGAAAAAGUGGUGCAAAUAAGAAGGCCAUCUUUAUGGAUUGUGGUUUCCAUGCAGGAGAGUGGAUCUCCCUUGCUUUCUGCCAGUGAUUUGUGAAAGAAGACACUGAGACCUAUGGAGAAGAUACUGUCAUGACCAUACUUCUCAAUAGCUAGGACUUCUAUGUUUUGCCUGUUGUUAAUAUUGAUAGUUACAUUUACACUUAGACAAAUGACCACAUGUGGAGAAAGAAACCAUCAGAUUGCACUGGUACAGAUCCCAACAGGAAUUUUAAUGCUGGCUGGUGCGCUCUUGGGGCCUCAAAAAAUCCCUGUGAUUCCACUUACUGUGGCUCUGCACCUGAGUCUGGAAAGGAGACCAAGGCUUUGGCUGAUCAUGAACAUCUUUCUACAGUCAAGGCAUACUUGACAAUUCACUCCUAUUCCCAGCUGCUACUGUUUUCUUACAAAUUACCAUCGAAUUAGCAGAAACUGAAUAAAAUUGCUCAUGCUGCAUCCAAACGGCUGGCCAGUUUGUAUAGUACCAAAUACACAUAUGGCCCAGGAGCUAGAACAAUCUAUCCUGCUGCAGGGGGCUCUGACGACUGGGCUUACGAUCAAGGCAUCAAGUACUCUUUCACUUUUGAGCUCCGAGACACUGGUAGAUAUGGUUUUAUUCUCCCUGAAACUCAGAUAAAGCCAACCUGUGAAGAGACUUUACUUGCUGUUAAAUAUAUUGCCAAUUAUGUCCUUGAGCACUUGUAUUAG